GUUAGUGAUGCUGAUGGCUAUCUUGAAAGGACGUUCCUGAGCCCCGGUUCUAUCAGAGCAGCAAAUCUUAUUCGUACAUGGAUGGAGGAUGCUGGUUUGACAACGUGGAUGGACCAAAUGGGCAAUGUGCAUGGUCGAACUGAAGGAAUGCAAACAAAUGGCAAGGCUCUGCUAAUGGGUUCUCAUUUGGACACAGUCAUUGAUGCUGGAAUUUUUGACGGUUCUCUAGGUAUACUUUCUGCCUUAUCCGCAUUGAAGGUUUUGAACAUCACAGGGAGGUUAAAGAAACUAAGGCGCCCGGUUGAGGUGAUUGCUUUCAGUGAUGAGGAAGGAGUUAGGUUUCAAUCUACCUUUCUAGGAAGUGCAGCUAUUGCUGGUGUGUUACCUGUAUCGGCAUUGCACAUUCGCGAUAAGAGUGGGUUGACAGUCCAACAUGUUUUGAAGGAGAAUUCUAUAGAAACUAAUGAGGAAAACUUAUUGCGCCUCAAGUAUGAUCCAGAAUCUGUUUGGGGUUACAUUGAGAUUCACAUUGAACAGGGACCUGUUCUAGAAUCAGCUGGUCUUCCACUUGGUGUGGUGGAAGGCAUUGCUGGACAGACUCGACUAAAGGUAACAGUGAGAGGUUCACAGGGGCAUGCUGGAACGGUUCCCAUGUCUAUGCGUCAGGAUCCCAUGGCUGCUGCUGCAGAAUUAAUUGUAUUAUUGGAAAGUCUCUGUAAAAAUCCAAAAGAUUUUCUAUCCUACGAUGGUCAGUGCAGUGCUAUUGAGGUGGAAUCUCUUGGAAAAUCUCUUGUCUGUACCGUUGGAGAGAUAUCUACCUGGCCAAGCGCAAGUAACGUCAUUCCAGGGCAGGUAACAUUCACAGUAGAUAUACGUGCAGUGGAUGACAUGGGACGAGAGGCUAUUAUUUACGAGUUGUCUAACAGGGUGUACCAAAUAUGUGAUCGACGUUCUGUUGCUUGUAUCAUUGAACGUAAGCAUGAUGCCAAUGCGGUGAUUUGUGAUACUGAAUUGAGUUCACAGCUGAAAUCUGCCGCUUACUCUGCUCUAAAGAGAAUGACAGGUGAGGAUGUAGAUAAUGUGCCUGUCCUGAUGAGUGGAGCAGGACAUGAUGUGAUGGCCAUGUCUCAUAUAGCCAAGGUUGGCAUGCUCUUUGUGCGUUGCCGCGGAGGCGUGAGUCAUUCUCCUGCAGAGUAUGUUCUGGACGAUGAUGUCUGGGCUGCUGGUUUGGCAAUCUUAGCAAUUCUGGAGACCCUCUUGUAA